AUGCCACCUCCCCCUCCGAAUGACCAAUCCCUGUUGGACAGGCUGAAUGCCCUCAAGCCAACGGGCGUCACAUUGGACAAGCUUGACAAGCCAACAAACACUGUAGCCCCCCUCGAUGCGGAGGCUCGGGCGGUAUCAAAGGAAGAUGCGUUAGCCGCGAGGUUGCGAGUUUUGAGAAGCCAACCGACAAAAAGAAGCGCCAACCAUGGCGAUGCCCAGGACCAACACGCCUCCCAGCCAUCACCACUUGCGCAGGAGACGGUGACCGUUGAAGCCGAUAAACCGGUGCGACCUCCAAACACGUCUCAAAAGGAGGGUGAAAGCCCCCAGCCAUCUUCGGCAACUCAAGAGACCCAAGUAUCCUCCGUUCAGAAACAGCCCUCGUAUCGUUUAGCCGCCCCCUUUGCAAGCGAUGAGGAUGCCUUGGACGAGCUUCUAGAGUCCUUGGGGGGUGAAGAUUUCGACUUCACCGCGGAGGAGGUUAUUGAGCUGCCCCUCGAUACCGGACCAAAGGAUGAGGCGCGCAAGGUGAAUGACCUGAUCGAGUCUUUCCGGAGAAACGCAAGGCGUGGUCCCUCCAAGGCUCUCAGUGACGGUGAUAAUGGUGAUAAUGAGGAUGACGAUGACAGUCCGGACGGCGAACAAAUGACACGCGAUGUCGAGACAUUACUCUCGCAAAUACGGGAUGAAAUUAGCGCUUUGCCACCGCCAAAGGAUGUAUCAGAAGACGGGGAUCACUCACCACAUCAAGGAGCACAUCCCAACACUGCAUCCUUGAAUACCGAGGACGAUAACCCCUUCACCCUUCCUACUGUCCCUUACCAGCUCCUCGACCCAGCCCCCGUCGACACCCCGGAUGACGACACCGUCGACGAAAACCUCUCAGCCCGCAUGGCCUCACUCCGCGGCCUCGGAUCCGUCGACGCGCUUGGUCUCCCCUCCGCACCCACUUUCCGGCCCCAGGACCGCAACACCCCCGGAAAUCAGGGCAGCGGCACUGGCCUGCUACGUUCUGAGAAGUACUCAGACGAAGACCAAAAGACGUGGUGCGUCGUUUGUUUGGAAGACGGGGUAAUUGAGUGCAUGGGUUGUGAUGGUGACAUGUAUUGUGCGCGUUGCUGGAAGGAGAUGCAUGUAGGCCCGUCGGCUGGCUUUGAGGAGAGAGGGCACGAGUGGGUGAAGGUUGAAAAAGGGCGUAGAAGACCUUGA